AUGAAAAACAAAUAAACUUAAUCCUAUCUAUUAUCUCAUAAGAGUUCUAAAAGUGAAUACAUAAAUAAAAACAAUACUUUCAUAAACUUUUCGAUUCCUUGUAUAAAUUGUGAUUCCUUUAUUCCAGCAGCUGAUGUUGAUAAACAUACAUUAAUAUGUCAAGCUAAUUCAUAUACUCAAAGUUCUUAAAUCAAAGAUUUAACAUCUAUUGAGGAAACAGAAAUUAAGCUCAAAAAAAUAAGAUAAUCAAUAAUAAUCUAAUCUAAAACAGAGACUAAUACAAACAAUAAAAAAUAUCUAAUGAGAGCAGAAGAGCUUUCCACCUAACUUCUAAAAUUGCAAAACCUUGAUGACAAAGAAUUCAGAAAACUAUAAGAUAUUUCAGAAGAAAUUAAAAUGUUAACUGAGUCUUAUAAAGGAGAGCUACUAGUUCAAUUAUUUUUAGAAAGAUUGCAUUCUUUAGCAUUAGUUAAGUAAUAGAAUUUGAAAUCUCUUUUAAAAGAAAAGCAUUAAUUGGUAAACAUUAAAUAAAAAAAGAACAUUGAUGAAUUCGAUUAAUAAUCAUUUAAACUCUUUAAAAAUUAGGAAGUGAAAGAAUAACCAUAAUAAUCUCAUGGUUAUUUGUAUUCAACUAGAGAUAACUGUUUAAGAUCACCUGAAAUAUUUAGAAAAACAUAAAUAACAAAAUUCUCUGGUUAAAAUUAAAAACAAUCUGAUUGUGAAAUAAAAUCAGAAAUUUUAACUAAAAUGUCUAGUUCAUAUUGUAAAGAAGAACCUGAUGGAAUUACUGAUAAUGAAAAUCCUAGUAAUCACUAGAGGCUAUUUUAUUCAAAAUGCUUGAAUUUUAAAGCAUAAUUAUCUAAUAAUGAUCCUGCUCAAAAAGUUCCUAUUUGUAUUUUAUAUAAAGAAAUUCUAAGCAAACGUAUUCCUGUAAAUUAAUGGAAUUAGUUUAUAUUAUCUGCUUUUCAUAAACCUACAUAAUAUUUAGAUUUUUAGAAGUUGAAUGUCUUUAAUUAAGCAGUAAAAUUCUAAAAUUCAGUUAAAUUAUUUACCAUUAAUAGUAAUUUCAAAGAAAGGUUAAGAAAUCUUAAAAUAAUAUGA